AUGAUAAACUUUCAAAUUGAACUCUAAGAGUAUACAGAAGAUGAUGAUUAUGUAUGGAAUUACUGUUUUACUCGACUGUCCAAGCUAUAUAAGAAUAUUGCUUGUGAAGAAUUCAACUGGGCCCUUAAUUAAUUCAAGAGCUAAUUUAAUAAUUUCGAGUCAAAGGUUCCUCAGUUGAAUGAAGUCUCAAAUUAUUUAUAAUCUUAAACUGGAUGGAGACUUAAGCCAGUUGCAGGAAUGUUAUCACAGAGAGAAUUCUUAAAUGGGCUAGCAUUUAAAGUAUUCCACUGUAUACAAUAUGUCAGACAUCAUAGCGUACCUCUUUACGCUUAUGAGCCAGACAUUAUUCACGAUAUACUGGGUCAUGGCCCAAUGUUUGCAAUAAAAGAUUUUGCUGAUUUCUCUUAAUAAAUAGGGUUGGCCUCACUUGGUGUCAGCGAAACAGAACUAAAUAAACUUGCUGCGAUUUAUUUCUAUACAAUAGAAUUUGGUAUAUGUAGAGAAAAAGGUAGUUAUAAAGCUUACGGAGCAGGAAUUAUGGGAAGUGUACAUGAACUAGAGCAUUGCAUGAGCGGUAAACCUUAAUAUUUAAAGUUUGAUCCCUUUGUUAUUUGCAAAGAUCACAUGAGUUAUCCAUUGAAUGAUUUGUAACCUAAAUAUUUCGUUUGUGAUUCUUUCUCAGAUGUUAAGAAAUAAGUUUCAUAAUACUGCGAUCAUAUUAAUCGUUCAUUUAAUGUUACAUACAAUGCGAAAGAAUAAAAGAUUUUAGUUAAUAGAGAAGUAAAAAUGAGCAAUUUAAUUUAGAAUUGA